AUGCCAGCAUUCACGGUUCAGCGCGUACAGAACCCAACUGGUAGGAAAACCUCAUUUCUUCACGGUGUGAUUCGAUCUGAUUCUAUUCGAUCCUCAGAGGAGGAAAUCAAUGCUUCGGCUGAUCUGUUCUACGACCUCAUGCAAGACAAUCAAGGAGCGAUUAGUCUGUCGGGAGGCGACAAGUCGUUGAUGAAGCUGCAAGCAUUGGCUAUGCUAAGGGCCGGUAUUCUGGCAGGAGAAUAUUAUACCGCUACCAAUAAAGAUGGAAAGUUGAUUGGAUACACUCUAUGGAUGCCUCCGGGUCGAGAAAUUUUCAGCACCGAAGAAGAAAGACAACUUGGCUUUAACGAGUUCAUGGCUCGCCUUCCAGAUCAGGGCAAGGAGUACUUCCGAACAACGUUUCUUGCGCACUUCCCGGGAUUUGUGAACAGUAUACUUGGGCCUACUGGAAAACUUGACUCCUGGUGGCUUCACAUGGCAAUGGUUGACCGAAAUUAUCAAAAAAUGGGAAUCACAAGGGCACUGAUCAACCUUGUUCGCGAAAAGGCCUCUGUAUCUGGGGAUACGCUGGCUUGUUCUACAACCAACGACAAUAACGUUCCUGUUUACCUUGCUCUAGGCUUCACUCAUCGAGGGAGGAAGAUUAUGCCUUCUCCAUGGGGCGAUUGGCCAGUUCAUCUAUUCUCGCUCGAUACCUCUUUGACAUCAUAA